UCACGUGACCCAGUAGCUCCGCCCACCGCCAGCUACCAGGGAACGAUUGAACACCAACAGGAGCUGCUGUUUACACUCUGUGUGCCGUAGCUGUGUGUUUUCCUCCACAAAUUCCCACGGCCAAAUUCUCCCUCAUUAUGGGGGACAAGGCAGGCACCCGGGUAUUCAAGAAGACCAGUCCAAAUUGCAAGCUUACAGUAUAUUUGGGGAAAAGAGAUUUUGUGGACCAUCUAGAUCAUGUGGACCCUGUUGAUGGUGUGAUUCUGGUCGACCCUGAAUAUCUCAAAGAUAGAAAAGUAUUUGUGACUUUAACCUGUGCGUUCCGGUAUGGCCGUGAGGACCUUGACGUUCUAGGACUUUCCUUCCGAAAAGAUCUUUACAUCUACACUUUUCAGGCCUAUCCUCCCAUUCCAGAGGAAUCUAAGCCCCACAGUCGUCUGCAGGAGAGGCUUUUGAAGAAAAUGGGCCAGAAUGCUUAUCCUUUUCAUUUCACUAUACCACAAAACUUGCCAUGCUCUGUUACUCUGCAGCCCGGGCCUGAGGACACAGGAAAGGCCUGUGGUGUGGAUUUUGAGAUCAGGGCUUUCUGUGCCAAAACGAUGGAAGAGAAGAACCACAAAAGGAAUUCAGUGCGACUAGUGAUACGUAAAGUUCAGUAUGCUCCUGAGAAACCCGGCCCACAGCCGAUGGUGGAGAUGACGAGGAGUUUCCUCAUGUCAGACCGGUCUUUACACCUGGAGGCUUCACUAGAUAAAGAGCUCUAUUACCAUGGGGAGCCCAUCAGUGUUAAUGUCCAUGUCACCAAUAACUCAACCAAGACUGUGAAAAGGGUUAAAAUAUCAGUACGACAGUAUGCUGAUAUCUGUCUCUUCAGUACAGCACAGUACAAAUGUCCAGUGGCUCAGAUAGAGGCAGACGAUCAGGUGGCAUCCAGCUCUACUUUUUGUAAAGUGUACACACUCACACCCACUCUCAAUAACAAUCGAGAGAAGAGAGGUCUGGCGCUGGAUGGAAAACUCAAGCAUGAGGACACCAACCUGGCGUCCAGUACUAUCGUGAAGGAUGUGAGUAAUAAGGAAGUUCUGGGUGUCCUGGUGUCAUAUCGGGUUAAAGUCAAACUGGUGGUCUCCCGUGGAGGGCUUUUAAGCAGCUUGCUGGAGAGGGACGUCUCAGUAGAACUGCCUUUUGUCUUAAUGCAUCCAAAACCCACAGAUUCCACCCUUUCACAUUCAACCUCAGCUGCUCCAGUGUUGGAUCCACCAAUUGACACCAACUUGAUAGAGUUUGACACAAACAGUUUCACCCCAGAUGACGACAUUGUAUUCGAGGACUUUGCUCGCUUGCGGUUAAAAGGAAUAAUCGACAAGGAAGAGGACUGCUGAAUUUAUCAUCUCAUUCAUCAAGAACAAAGCGCUUCUCAUUAAAUUGUGCAUCUCAUCUCCUCAAGGGUGUAACAAUGAAACAAUUCUCAUCUCAUUACGAAAGAAGCAGUAUUGGGAUAUUUUACUGAAAACUGGAGAAACUUAAAAGACUAAUUAAUAUGCAUAUGAAAAGGUAAUGAAGGAGGGGAUUCCAGGGAAUUUCAUAUGUUUUUGCAUAGGCAUGUAAAAUUAUAUCUCUGAAAUUGUGCCAGCUCUUAUGUUAUGAACAGCAAAAUGGUGAGAUUUGCUCCAUAUUUAUUCCUUUACAAAGAUGGUCAUGAAUUUUCAUGUGAUCUAUAUACAGUAUGGACAGAUGGAUGGUUUCAUUGACAUGGGCUGUGCAUGUUUCUCAGUGCUGCUGUGAGGAUCAUGUGUGAUUGAGCACAGGAUGUUAAUAUAUGAAAGUGCUGCUUUUAAUUUGUUGGACUGCUGCAUUGGUUAAAAAAAAGAAAAGUAAAUAUAUAGAGAUUUAACAUCCUUCAAGAGAAAGGAAAUUUGUCGUGUUAUUACAAUUUUCAUAAAUACAGGAUACACUGUUUGC